AUGUUUAAUCGUUUAAGAAGCGUGGCUUUACCUAAGCUUUGUCUACAAAAACUACUUCCUCAGGCUUUGAAAGGUCCAGGAAGCCAAAGUGCCCCAGCCCUGACUGAUCAAGUCUACAACACCAUUUUGGGAUGGAACAUGUUCUCUAACAAGGAGACAGCAAGAAAAUCUGCUCAAAGCGUUGCCGUUUAUAUCACUGACGGUUCCUCGGCGUAUUUGAACAAAUCGAUUGAUCCUUUAAAAAAGCUUGGCGCUAAAAUUGUCACCAUUGGUAUUGGCAGUAGUGUAUCUGUUCCAGUCCUUAAUGCUCAGUCAUCGUCCGCUGAUGACGCCCUACUGACAGCAAGUUUUGACACCUUGUCUGACCUGAAAAACAAGACCGUACAAAGGACGUGUUUGGCGGGUUCCAAGCUACUCACCUAUACAUCCGGCAGUGUCCUGUGUCCCGCCAACACAAUCCUCGACGCGAUAUUCCUCUUUGAGUACAACGGCACAGCAGGCACCGCCGACUGGAACAAGGGGAUCCAGUUCAUCAUCGACAUCACCAAGUUCUUCAAGUUCGGGGCCAACGACGCCAGGUUCGCUGUGGUCACGUUUGCCAAGUCACAGGUCAGGCUCUUCGACCUCAGGAAUUGUACUGGUACUACAUCUUUUGAAACGGUCAGAACUCUGAAUGCCACAUCCCUGACUGACCAAGCCUAUAAAACCAUACUUGGAUGGAACUUGGUGGGCAACAACCGUGGUGUCCGUAAUGCAGUGCCUGGGGUUGUUAUACUAAUUUCUGAUGGUCUGGCGUCACCUGUCAAUAACUCCGCACAGACGGCCAGUAAGUUGAAGGCUGCCGGAGCAAGAGUUAUAUCAGUCGGUGUCAACAACGUAUCUCUCGCUGAUCUUAUGGCUGCGACUACUGGUAUCAAUGACCUGCUUGUGGCUGACACGUUCGAUGCUUUGUCUCUACUCAAAACAAGAAUUGUUGACAAAACUUGUGCAGCCAAUCCGUUGACCCCACAACUGACCUGCUCAAGCGGUACUGUUCUGGACCUGAUAUUUAUACUGGACUCCUCUACAAGCCAGGGGUUCUUAAACUGGAACAAACAGGUGCAGCUUGUCGUUGACGUCAUCAAGCAACUGAAGCUGGGACCAAAAGACGUGCAAGUCGCCGCCGUCGCAUACAGCUCUUACCCCAUCAAAAUAUUUGAUCUGAAGACGUUUUCUGAUUAUGCUUCUAUUGAAAAGGCCCUAAAAGCAGUAGAGUUCAUGAACGGACAGACGUACACACACACAGCUUUCAACGCCAUCAAAAACUGGGGCAUGUUUGAACAGGCGGCUGGAGGAAGGCCCAAUGCACUUCCUGCCAUGGUUUUGAUUAGUGAUGGCUAUGCAAAUUUCGUCGCUGAAACAAGCAAGUCUGUGAUGUCGACCAUGCUGAAAGGAAAUACCCUCAUCACGUUCACUGCAGGCAACGAUUACUUGUUGUCAGAUCUCAACAGAUAUACAUUUCGUGAAGACAUUAUCUUGGCCGACAGCUUUGACGCCUCAUGGUACAUUAAAAGUGUGCUUGUCAGCAGAAUUUGUGAAGCUUCACUGUACCGUCUAGCCAUUUGAGUGGAAUAUACAUUCGGUAAAAAGACAUGCACAGAUUUGUAGAAAUGGGCGGGCUUAAAGCCAAGUGUUUGUACCUUUCUUUUAUCGGCAUUUCCAAAAACGUUUUGGAUACUCUUUGGAAUUUAUUAUCAUCAAGUAUGCUGUUUCAAACACGAAAUUUAUGAGAUUUCAGUUUUUUGUUAAAUGAAAAACAUUACUUUU